GUAAGUCAUAAGUUCAUUCCUUGUCUUCUCUUUACAGCAAAAUUCCUAAAGCGCCAGCAAGAACUUGUCAGUGGAAUUACAUCGUCUUUUUUUCUCCUGUUAUCUGGAGAAGAAAAAAAAUCCACAUUUGUAGACGAAGAUGAAACAAAGGCAGGAAAUGGCGGAUGAUCAGAGCAGAAGUUGGUUUAGGAUAUCCAGGACUCGGUAUUUCGCCAUUAUUCUGGUAAUUGGGGGUGUGUUCUUUAUUUACAGCAUAAGGGAAAUAACCCCAGACUGGAACCCCAAAAAGUGGAUGGAAAAUCAGUCGUCAAACUUGUGGACUAUUUUAGAACGGCAGAAACAAAAAAUAAUCUCUCUCCACUCUGUGGUUAACGACAGCUCAUCAACACAUCCUCGAACUAAUAAUAUGACAUCGGCACCAGAAGUGAAGACAGAAACUGCAGCGGUCGCUCCUCAUGUUUCUCCUGGACCAUAUUUAGUCGAAUACCCUUAUGAGUACCACUUCAUCAUAAAUGAGCCACAAAAGUGUGAGCGGGAAAAACCUUUUGUGGUUCUGAUGGUUCCCGUAGCACCAAACAAUAGGCGAGAUCGUGACAUCAUCCGCAGCACCUGGGGGAACGACAGGGUUGUGCAGGGCAAAGUGGUGACGCUCUUCUUUUUACUGGGGCUAGAGACGGGGCCAGGAGCAGAGCAGGUCCAACAGCAGAUGCUUCAGGAGAGCAACAAGUAUCACGACCUGAUCCAGAGCAACUUUGUGGACUGCUACAAGAAUCUCACCAUUAAGACCAUGGUAAUUCUGGAGUGGCUGACUGCGCACUGCUCCGGUGCUUCUUAUGCCAUGAAGAUUGACUCAGACAUGUUUCUGAAUGUGCACAAUCUUGUCAAUAUGCUCUUGAAUGCUCAAAAAACCAACUACAUGACUGGACUUGUGACGGGAUGGGGUACAGUAGUGAGAGAUCCAAGCUCUAAGUGGUACGUACCAUCUGACAUUUAUGCACCAGCUUUCUACCCUGUCUAUGCUCUGGGCCUGGGCUACAUUAUGUCUUUAGACCUCCCUAAAAAGCUCACUGAGGCAUCCAGACAUGUUAAAGCACUUUACAUUGAGGAUGUGUAUUUAGGGAUGUUAAUGCACCACCUGGGCAUCUCUCCCACUUACCCCCCAAGCGGUGAUUACUUCCAUGUUUUUCCUUUGGCAUAUAACCGAUGUCACUUCUCCCGUAUAGUAGCCACCACAACUCAUCCAUUCACUAACCGUGUGGACAUUUGGAAAGAUUUAAAAAAACCAGGCCCCUGCUGAUCUAAGAGAACAUAAACAAAGGCUGUAUGUUGGAAAAUUUUAUACUUCCUUUUUUAACUUCCCCCAUCUUAAAUGUCAUUAAAACCUAACCGAUGUUGUGCCACUCCAUAACUACACACUGUUUUAUGCAUGAAAUACAGUUUAUUAUUUGUACCAUCCGUGUAGCUGACAUCUCAGCACAAGUUUUCUAUAGAUAAAAAAAAUACUGAAAACAUGAAGCUAGCAAAAGAGAAAAAAAGAAGAAAAAGCAGACACUGAUAUUUCCAUGAUAACAAUGUCGAUGUUAACAGGAUCAAUGUAGGAAAAAAAGACUCUACAGUCUAAUGGACUUUAGUUAAUGUGACUUUUGUCUCUUAUUUGGUAAAUAAGUUACAUUAUAAAUACUCAUGGAGAGACUCAGCACUAACCUGCACUGUGUAAAGUUUGUAAAGUGAAUCAUUGCAAUUAUCUAUAUUAUUAUCGUAUAUGUGUUAUAAACACAAUAUUGCUGAUUUAUUUUAAAAUAUCACAGUACUAAAGUUAUUGAAAAAUACUAUUAAACAUUAAUAGGAAGUUUUUUAA